CUGUCAGAAUGCCACGAAGCAAAAAGGGGAAACGCGGUGGAAACAGUUCAAGUAAGGGCUCACUUCGACAGGAAGUGCUUCAGCUGCAGUUGUCAAAGACUGCCCUGUCACGUGCAGGGAGAAAUGGGGCGAGAGGCGAGUCUGGUGUGAGUGAUGAUGAUUUAGCGUCGGAUGUUCUCAGUCACUACAGCAGCGCCAGUGAGAGCGCGUCAGUCAUAGAGGAGGGCACAGGUGAGGUGGUAGAUGAACAAACUGCUCAGGAAGAAACAGAAGACAAACUGAAGCAAUGCAUCGACAAUCUGAUGGAAAAAAGUGCUAAGACCCGUCUGGCUGCACUAGAAAGUCUGCGCUUGGGGUUUUCUUCCAGAGUUCUGUAUGAGUUCCUGUUAGAGAGACGUUUCACCAUCAGUGACUGUCUGGAAAGGAGCUUGAGGAAAGGUGGAGGAGAGGAGCAGGCCGCUGCUGCUACAGUGUGCGCUCUCUUGUGCAUGCAGCUCGGGGGUGGAGUUGAAGGUGAGGAGGGCUUCAAGAUGCUCCGCCCCAUCCUCAGCUCCAUCUUGAUUGACAGUUGUGCCAGCCUGUCAGCUCGACAGAAUUGCGCUCGAGCUCUGGGUAUGUGCUGCUACGUGUCUGCCUCAGAUGAUGCAGAGGACCUGCUAAAAUCUCUUGGUCAUUUGGAGAAUGUGUUUAUGGGUGCAUAUCCCCUGGGUGAUGGCACUCUGCCCUCUGUCAAAGCCGGGACCCCUGCACUCCACAGUGCCGCCCUGCAGUCGUGGGCUCUGCUCUGCACCCUCUGCCCUGCGUCACGCAUUAACACCAUUCUCAACCACCACUUGCCACAUCUACAUGCGUGUUUAGAAAGCAGUGAGGUGAACUUCAGGAUUGCUGUGGGAGAGACCAUCGCUCUGCUGUAUGAACUGGGACGGGACAUCGAUCAGGAGUUUGAGUAUGAGGACUGCGAUGCAUUGUGUGACAGUCUAAAGAGCCUAGCGACUGAUGGAAAUAAACAUCGCGCUAAAAAUGACCGCAGGAAACAGCGCUCAAUCUUCAGAGAGGUGCUGCACUACAUUGAGAAUGAAGAUUUCACAGAGGAGAAGAUCCAGUUUGGGAUUGAGGCCAUCUACAUUGAUGGCUGGAUGCGCCGCAAGAUUUAUGAUGCCUUUAAGGAAGUGCUCGAGUCUGGAGUCAGACACCACCUACAGUUUAAUCCUUUAUUAAGGGAUAUUUUUGGACUCGGACCUCCUCUCAUCCUGGAUGCGUCUGUCAAAGCCAGCAGGAUCUCCCGCACAGAGAGGCAUCUGUUUAACUCUGCUGCAUUCAAAGCUCGGACUAAAUUAAGGAACAAAGUGAGGGACAAACGUGCCGACGUGAUGUGAGGAUGAAGGCGACAAAGAGAGAAACACUACAUCCUUAAAAUCCCCUCGGCUCACUUGAAAUUAUAGUUUGACAUACUGCCAAGCCAGAGACUUGACAAUGGACAUGUGUGACUGUCUGAGUGUGAAAGGCUGGGUGUGUGCACGUGUGUAUGCGGUGUUGUGUUUUUAUUUAACAUCACAGUGUGAAAGCUAGGAAUCCUACAAUUAAACAAACAUGAAAUAUUGUAUCUUUAUAACAACCUCUUGUAAGGCUGUAUUCAGCUUUUCUAUUGAAACCUGUUUUACCUCCUCAAGUGUUUUUGGGACAAAAGAGAAUUUUUAUCAUUGAAACAUUAACUUUUUACAGCUCUGCUACAAACAAAGAGGCCAAGAAAACGUAAUUUUUUGUAGCUUUUCUACAUGCAUUUAUAUAAAUGGAUUAUGCAUUCUGAUGAUGCAAACAAAUGAAAAUUCAUCUUUGACUGCAGGUUGCCAGAGUUAGUGUAGACCGUUUUGUUAAACCUCUCUCACUGCCACUAAAUAAACCAUAUUUCACAUCUUAAUUCUACUCAUCUUCUGAAAAGGGUUUUCAGAAGAUGAGUAGAAUUAAGAUGUGAAACGUUGUUGUUGUUUUAUUUUUAUUUUUUUGGCUCAGUGUGAUGCAGUCAAAUAAGGUUCUUGCAUCAUUGUACCCUCACCACAAGCUCAUGUCUGCCCAUUUAGAUCAUGUUUUCAACAUUUCUUUUGAAUUUCUUUCUAAAUAUCAAAAACCAGCAUGUCAUAAGUUUUCUUUGAAGCAAAAGUACUGUAUGCAGCAGCAGGAUUUUGGAAGAGAAAACACAAAAUAAAUUAUGUAAUUAUCCUUAACAGUGUUGGA